CACCGAAUCUGAGUCGAUUGCCACGUGACACCGACUGUGCUCAGAUCGGUGGUGGUCCUUCUGGGUACGGUCCACCACCACCAGAAAAGGAUUAUUAUAGCAGGUCACGGAUGACCAUGAAUCAUGACGAUCGCCUCCGGAAUCGGUAUGAGGCGUGUCGCAGUGGAAUGCAGGAAUUGGACAUGUUGAGAGCAAAACAUACACUUUUGAUACAGAACCUUCGCUCACGUCUUCCAAUCAUUCCUGGAAGUUUAGACGAUGUACAGACGCGAGAGAAAAAGACCAGAGACGUGUUUCUGGACAGAUUCUCACUUCAAUCUGUUGAUUCUGGAAUCUCAUCUCAAAAUACUAUCAGCUCGACGCGAAGUUCAACACCGGAAGAUUUUAAGACUUCAAAUCGACAUUCAAACAUUUAUGAGAACAGUUCAACAACAAUGAACUACUCAACAUUUCGGAAGAUGUCACUUGAAUCGACGCAUAGCAGUGUCUCCCAUUCUAUGCAGAAUGAUGUGGAGAAAACUUCCUUCGCACCGCCUGUCAUAACUUCUAGAAGUUGUCAUCGUGGAGCAUGGAAGACAUCUCCGCAACGUAUCCGUCCCAAGAGCAUGUUCGAUUCGACUACUUCCAAUACAGAGUACUUAUUCUCCAAGCCGCCUCGACAUCCGAUUGAUUUGACAAAAGAGCGCCGAUCAGCGUUCACAGUACUGAAUCAAUCGUCGAAACGGCAUUCGAGUAUUGAGCCGUCCUUGCCGAGCACUUUGAGCCAGCUGAGCUUGAAUGAUGAGGCGAAAACUCCACAGAAAGCAGAAGUCAUUCGAUGGAAUAAACAGAAAGCCGACGCUAUGUUCCGUGCCAACGUUGUUUACGUGUCAUCUACCGAGCAGCCAACAAAACCAGCACCACUCCGCUUCUCGCCUGCUCGUUCGCCACCAGUACGGCGUGCUCUUCCCAUUGAGCUCAAGCCGACCCAACAUUUUGCACAACCUUGUAAAAUACGAUCGCCCAAACUGAACACGAAGACUGUUUUCGCCGCGAAGCCAAUCGCAGUGAGACCGAGCAUCUCCCCAAAAGUGGCUCAACGUUCAACGUGGCUUCAAUCUCAACCAUUGUGAAUGAAGCACCUCAUUCUCAUUAUUUCAACAAAUCUCAUCUGCAAUCUUAAACGCAAAAUUCUUCAAAAUCUGAAAUCCACGUCAUUGUGUAAACGGACCCAUUUGUCUCCUCCAUUUUUCUUAUUGUAUAAAUGUUUAAUCUCUGAACUUAUAUCGAUGAUAAAAUCAAUAAAUAUUGAAAUUCCAGACG